AUGCAGUGGGUAUGGGCGCGCCGCAGAUAUGCUACAUCUUGGACGCAGUUUUGUUCGUCUAUGGGGUUGUUCUCACUGUCCUGUACUGCAGAAUGAAGAUGCGAAGUAGACAAGCCGAACAACUUUCAGGGAAGAAAGAUGCCGGCGAAGGCGUUUAUGAGGGUCUCAAGCCUCAUGAUCAGGACACAUACGAGACCAUCAAAAUGAAGAAAGGAAAAAAAUAAGACUUUAAUCAAAAGUGGGAAGGAAGUUUCCGGACUCAAUCCCGCUGUCAUCUUAAGCGUGUCGCACCUGUAGAUAAGCUUUCAACAUUCUCACAAGAACAACAUUAUGUAGUAUACAGGGUAAUCACAUCUUAGCAAAUAAUCAAACAGAAUGCAAAAUGUCUACUUGUUUAAUAAUUUAAAUAAUAUUUGUUUGAUGAAUUUAUCUUUCUAUUGGGCCUUUAAACUACAUUUUGAGCUUCUAACAAGUAUACCACACUGCGUGUCACUUUUCUCGAGGCUAACUUCCUGCCCUGGCUUCUAUAGCAACAUGCCACCAACCCCACAGAGUCCGAGUCAUUUCCUGUUUUAAAGAGUUCAUGAGUGGUCUAACAACAUGUGCAUCUGUCUAUGACCACAGGUACGAGAGAUGGAAACAGAGCCGUGUUUGAUUGUAUAUGUGUGGGCCUUUUCUUUCCAUUGGUUUAAGAGCGAAACUUUAUAUUGUUUUGCUCUGAGGCGAUGUUUUCCUUUCAUGGCAUAUAGAGAACAACUGUGUGUGUAACAAAAAUAACACCUUUGAUUUUCACAAUUUUUUGUAAGAGUUACAAUAUAGGCUUAAUCAUGAGUGUGUAAGAAUUUAUUAUAAGAGUUUAAAGACUUCCAAAAAUUGUGAUUUUUUUUUUCUGUUUGUGAUUACUAAUGCUUACAAUUUUUAUGAUCAAUAUAAUGAAAUAAAAAAUACUACUCUGA